AUGUUCUCUUGGACGUGGAAAAGAUUAGCUGUCUCAAAGGCAGCAGCUGAGACCUUCAUGGACUAUAUUCAGAACGCUGAUCGAGAGCUGCCUGCUCUCAGCGAAAUAAUGCCACGACACCAAGCGAACUCCAAGAGCCUUGUGGAGUUUCACUCAUUUUUAUGUGAGGUGAUGCAGGAGAAUGGCUUCAAUUUUAUGGGCAUAAAAGUGGUUCCUCCUUCCGCAGGGGCUUUGCAGUCCUUCAGGGCAACAGAUGCUAUGUGUAUGCCCAUAUUUUCAAACGCGUUUCAGAAGAACUCCUUGUCUGUGAAGCAGCAGCGUGUGCAAUUUGUCGAGCCUCUUUUUGUUCUACGGUUAGGCUGUGAUGCACCACGUCAGAUAGCAGUGGGCUCAGCGUCUGCCAUAUGUGAUGCUUUUCUGCCUGGUAUAGAACUUACUGGAUCACGAUAUCCAUUUUACCCUCCUCAUGCCACAGGAUAUGCUGCGGAUUUGGGCGGGUGCAUUGGCAUGCGUCUUGGUGAAGAAACCGAACUUAGCAAAACUCCACUGGAAGUAUUGGGGAACCAUUGUUAUGUAAUGACGCGAAAGGACGAACCUGUCCAGGUUGGAUCUGGCAAGAACUGUUUGGGGAGCCCAUGUGCAGCAGUGGCUUUGGCAGUUGACUACGCUAUUUCUAUAGGGAGGGCCCUUUGUCGGGGGCAGUACGUCUUUUGCAGCGGAACAGGACCACGCUCUCCUGCCGUUCCGGGGGAGUAUAAGGUUAAUUAUGGUGUUUAUGGUAGCGUUACAUUUUUACUUGAUUAA